AUGGUUAGGAAGCGAUCACGACAAACCCUUGUCGUAACGCUUUCGGUACCUUCUAACAAACUGGCUACGGCAAAGUCGCAGGAUAACAGGCGGAAUAAGACAACGGCAAACCACAAAGGAUCUUGGCGUCGAUGGACGGAUGAGGAAAAGAAUCGUUUACAGUCUGUGAGAAUCCAACAUCCCAAGAAGACCUGGAGGGAUAUCCAGGAGGAAUUCUUUCCGGAUCGUACCGAGAAAGCCGUGAUGAAAGAGCAUAGUAAACUGCAUCUGAACAUGGAGGCCCAGAAAAAUGCGGAACCUCAAACUGCACAGAAUAAUGUCUCGGAAGCUCAACCCCGUCGCAACUUGAAGAGGCAUCAACCACAUACAGUCGAGACCAGCAACGAUGAUAGUUCCGAUGGGAGUUCCGAGGGAGGAGAUAUUGAGUAUCAUGUACAGCAAGUUCCCUCUUCCACUACAAAAAAACUACGGCAACCCGUUAUUCCUUUGCAGUGUAGUGCAAGCGGCAGUGUAGUCCGAUCCCCUGAAAGACCUUAUUUAGGACCUGAACGAGAAAUAUCCUCUCCAAGAAAAAUAGCAAGCCAUCAAAUUUCAGCCGAGACCCGAGCCCCUACAGCUCCGAUUGCCGGCUCGCAGACGCAUCAAAACGCGAGUGAGAUGAGAGGGCCAACAUCGAGCGCUCCUCCAGCCAAAACAAACACACUUUUUGCAACUGAGUCAAGAAACUCCAAUAUAUCUCUUGAAACUAAUGAAGGGUCCAAGCCUGAAUUUGUUGGUGAUGAUGCUGAGCUGAACAGUGAUUACGCGCUGCUUCAGAUACAAGUAAAAAAAAUUUUCGUCAAAGCCAAAAAGAACUGCGAAACAGAAUCGCAAACAGAGAAAAAGUUUGCAGAGAUGGAACAGCAGCUGAAGAAUUCCGAACAAAGAACUAAGGCUCUGCAGGCCGAGAAUCUGCGCUUGACCAACGAGCACAGAAGGGAUUGCAGUAAUUUUGAGUCAGAAAUACGUAAAAUGAUGGACGAAUUGGACGAGUUGAAGAAGGAGCGUGAUGAUUUAGCAGGCUGGAAAUUUGAAGUCCAGUCUAACCUGCACCGAUUUUGCCCAAACCACAGCAACUCUUCACCGAAAGCUAUAAAGUCAGGCUAA